CUUGCCUUCAAUGCCCUCUGCUGGCUUUUCUGAACAUAACAGGGGCAGGUGCCCUUUAGAGCGUGGCUUGCUGCCAUGGGGUCUCUGGCAUUGUUCCAGCAGGCCUUGUAGAUCUACGGGACUUGAGGAGUGUCAGAGGAAGGUGAGCCAGCACUCCCGUGCUGCUUGCUGUGGAGGUGUUCCAAGCACUCCUGUGCCCAGGGGAGGAAGACGAAGAUGGCUUCCAGAAGCAUGUGGUUGCUUCUCCUGUUGAGCUGGGUGGCCAGCACUGAGGUGCUGGGCGGCAUCAGCAACUGUGCCGCUGGAUGGUUUUACCAUGGCUCCAGUUGCUAUGGAUACUUCCGGAAGUCGAGGAGCUGGUCUGAUGCUGAGCUCGACUGUCAAUCAUACGGCAAUGGGACCCACUUGGCAUCCAUCCUGAAUGAAAAGGAGUUCAGGAUCAUAGCCAAAUACAUACGUGGCUAUCAAAGAAACCAGCCUGUCUGGAUUGGCCUGCGUGAUCUGCAGAAGAAGCAGUACUGGCAGUGGAUCGAUGGAGCCACGUACACUAACAGACUCCGGAGCAGCCCGUCAGUGGACGGGAACAAGCAUUGUGCACAGCUCAGCCACACAGACAACUUUUUAACUUGGAGCAGCAAUGAAUGCAACCUGCGCCAACACUUCCUGUGCAAGAGCCAACCAUAGAGCAAGAAUGCUGCCACCUCUUGCACAGGCCCUUUCCUGCUUCCUUCUCUGCCACGCUGGAUAACCUGAUCUCUAUCUCUGAGAGUAAACGUUGCAACUAAGAUCAAAGAAGGCUCUGUUGCACUGACUUCCUUAGGC